AUGUCUCCUUUGACCUUGUCUACCCAGACGGUCGAAAUCGUCGACAUUCGUCAGAAUGACGUGGGCUUCUCUCUGGUCCACGAUAUCCACCAAGGGAUCGAUCCCUCCGUGGGCCCAAGACGCUCCAUGCCCACUAUGCUCCUCUACGAUACCAAAGGUCUUAACCUUUUCGAGGAGAUCACCUAUCUGGACGAGUAUUACCCGACCAACGCGGAGAUCGAGGUGUUGGAGACCCAUGCCAAGAGCAUCGUGGAGCGGAUCCCGGACAAUGGACAGCUACUGGAGCUGGGGAGUGGAAACCUUCGAAAGAUUGAGAUCCUUCUCCGCGAGUUUGAACGCCAGGGAAAGCGCGUCAGCUAUUACGCCCUAGACCUGUCGCUUUCCGAAUUGCAGCGCACAUUUUCUGAGGUGUCUAUUGAAGACUACACCCACGUCGGCUUCCACGGACUUCAUGGAACGUACGAUGACGCCAUUACCUGGCUGAAUAGGCCGGAGAACCGCAAGCGUCCCACCACCAUUCUGUCGAUGGGUUCCUCCAUGGGCAACUUCAACCGCCCCGAUGCCGCUCGGUUCCUGUCGCAAUUUGUAAAGAUUCUCGGCCCGUCGGAUGCGAUGCUGAUUGGCCUCGACGGCUGUAAAGACCCGGACAAGGUAUUCAGAGCUUACAAUGAUUCGAAGGGCAUCACACAGCAGUUCUACGAGAAUGGCUUGGUUCAUGCCAACCGUGUUCUGGGACACGAAGCCUUCAAAAUGGAUGAGUGGGAAGUUGUGACUGGUUACAACGUUGCCGAGGGGCACCAUGAGGCGUUCUACUCGCCUAAAAACGAUGUGACCAUCGACGGAAUUUUCAUUCCCAAGGGCGAGAAGCUCAUCUUUGAAGAAGCAUUCAAGUAUGGUCCUGAAGAGUGUGAGCGACUCUGGAGAGACGCGAACCUGAUACAUGGUGCCGAUUUCGGCAACGGUUCUAAUGACUAUCAUCUCCAUCUCUUGUCGUCUUCUGCUCUCAGCUUCCCUACUGCCCCAUCAGAGUACGUAUCCCAUCCGGUUCCCAGUCUUCAAGAUUUCCAAUCCCUCUGGACCGCAUGGGAUAUUGCCACAAAAUCAAUGGUUCCCCGUGAGGAGCUUCUUUCUAAGCCGAUCAAACUCCGCAAUGCACUCAUUUUCUAUCUGGGUCACAUCCCCACCUUUUCGGAUAUCCACUUGACGCGAGCGUUGGGGGGAAAUGCGACCGAGCCAAAAUCCUACCAGCUGAUCUUCGAACGCGGGAUCGACCCCGAUGUGGAUGAUCCCCAAAAGUGUCACUCACACAGUGAAAUUCCGGACGAAUGGCCGGCCCUUAAUGAAAUACUAGGCUACCAAGAAAGGGUCCGCAACAGGAUCGAAUCCGUUCUCGAGAGAGAUGACCUCUCAUGCAACCGGACUCUAGCCGAAGCACUCUGGAUAGGGUUCGAGCAUGAAGCAAUGCAUCUAGAGACUUUUCUCUACAUGCUGCUACAAAGCGACAAGACGCUUCCACCGACCGGUGUUGAGAGACCUGAUUUUGAAAGAUUAUUCCGCGAUGCGAGGAAACAUGCAAAGACCAAUGAGUGGUUCACUAUUCCUGCGCAGACGUUGUCUAUCGGUCUUGAAGACGCGGAUCCUACGUCGGUGCCCUCGGCUACAUUUGGAUGGGACAACGAGAAGCCCGAACGAAUGGCGGCCGUUCCACCGUUCGAAGCUCAGGCUCGACCUGUCACCAAUGGUGAAUAUGCCAAGUUCUUACAGGCAAAGCAUCUGCGCCAAGGGCCUGUGUCGUGGGUUUUGUCCCAUUCCAACCAAGACUUCUCGAUCUCGGGGGUCAAUCAAUCUAGCCCCGAGGCGACGAAGGAUUUCAUGUCCAAUUUUGCCGUACGAACCAUGUUUGGACUAGUUCCGCUUGAGUUUGCUCAAGACUGGCCGGUCAUGGCAUCCUACGAUGAGCUGGCUGAGUAUGCCGAGUGGAUGAAAUGCCGCAUCCCGACGUUUGAGGAGGUCAAAAGUAUUUAUGCUCAUUCUGAAAAGCUGAAAGGAUCUAAUGCCUGGAUACCCAAUGGCCAUGUUGAGCCUGAGUAUUUGAAUGGAGAUGGGCCGGGCAAGAAAGACGUCAAUCGGACUCGGCCUCGUACUCCGGAUCACCAGCCUGUUCGCCCGCCUUCCCCAGGAGCCUUGCCAGUGUUCGUUGAUCUCGACGGCUGCAACGUCGGGUUCAAGCACUGGCACCCUACCCCAGUGAUCCAGGACGGCAAUCGACUUGCCGGCCAGGGUCAACUGGGGGGCGUGUGGGAAUGGUGCAGCACUGCAUUAGCCCCACACGAAGGAUUCAAGGCUAUGGACAUUUAUCCCGGAUAUACUUCGGACUUCUUUGACGGCAAACACCACGUCGUGCUGGGCGGUUCUUGGGCCACUCAUCCUCGCAUUGCCGGCCGAACCACCGUUGUCAAUUGGUAUCAGCACAAUUACCUUUACCCAUGGGCCGGAGCCCGUCUGGUUCGCGACCUGUGA